GCCAAGUGUGCUCCAUUCAUAACCUUCUGUCAACUGUUUUUCUAGAUAGAUUUUCUUCCUGAUGUAAGUGAACAUGGCGGCUCAGAGUGUCGGCACCAUCAUCAAGGACCUGUCACUGCCGUCAGUAGGACGUGUGGAGACACCUAGAAACUUGGAGUCCAGGCCUGUAGUUGGAGCUGGACCCUUCUCUGAUGAAGCCACUUCCAUCCUGUCCUCCACCAGCCAACUGGCCAGAACUCUUCUGGGCCACAGUUUUGUUCUUCAACGCCGAGACAAACCCUCCAACUCUGAGGCGAAGUCGGGGAGAAGCGCUGAUGAAGAAAGCAGCAGCAACAUCUCAUCCCGCAAACGUGAGUUUAUGCCCAUUGAGAAGAAGGACGAAUGCUACUGGGACAAGAGGAGAAAAAACAACGAGGCAGCAAAGAGGUCCAGAGAGAGGAGACGAGCCAAUGACAUGGUCCUGGAGGGGAGGGUUCUGAGUCUGCUGGAGGAAAAUGCCCGUCUGAGGGCUGAGUUGCUGGCCCUCAAGCUGCGCUAUGGUCUGGUCAAAGACUCUUCAAACGUGAGCAUCCUGCCCCUCUCUGUGCCCCCUGGUGCUCUCUAUCCAACCCACAAUGAUGGACCCUCGUUCCUGAACACACCACAGAAGAACACUGCCCAACAAGUCCACCUCCAUUAUCCACACCAGGCUCUACCAUCAUUCAUCUAUGGGGUGAGAGCAGCUCCCCCUGUGGUGAGUCACAGUGUUUCUGAAGAGUCGUGUGUUUCUACCUCCUGUAGUUCAAACUUGGGGAGCCCUGUUUUUUUUGAGGACACAUCCAGUGAACUUGGGCCUUCACCUGGAGAACUGGUGGAAGAACAAGUGGGCAAUCAGUCCCACAUGUGUCUUCUAGAGUUCAACGAGGCUCAGUGCAUCACCAAACAUCAGACCCGCGAGGGUCUGAGGAACUUACCCCACAAACUCCGCUUCAAAGGCCCCAGCAGCUGCUCUGACGGAGGAGAAACUCCUCCCACAUCUGCUGACAGACACAGUGAGCCGCCUGUAGCAACUGUGAUGCCAAAUAUACAGAUGAGGGACCACCAGCAGGUGGGGUGGUCCACAGAGGGUGCCGAUGCUGGAGUCAUGCAGCAGUACCAAGUUCUGUCUUCUGACGAUUGUAACUCCAGAGACGGGAGGUAUAGAACAGAGGACAUGAGUCUGAGGUCACAGGUCAGCUGUUUGUCUCAGGAAGUGGCUCAGCUGAAGAGACUCUUCUCCCAGCAGCUGUUCUCCAAAGCUGUUCAUUAUGGACAUUUUCAAAGACUGGGUCGGGAGCCAAAGAGUUUAUGACUGGGUUAGAAAUCAUAUGUGUGUAUUUGUAAUCAGAACAUCACAGUCUUUUACCACAAUUUUUAUGUGUACGUUUACACUUAAAACAGAAAAUUAAAGAAAAUUAAAGUAAACUGAGAUUAAGCUAGUUUUAGAAAGAAAACUAUUAAACAAACGGUCCAAAAAAAAUUUAAAAAGUGAUUGGAAAUGAAUAAUUAGUUCCCAAAAUGUUCAAAGGUGUAUAUUUCUGUAUAUCUUUGGAUGUCACAAAUUGACCAAGACACACUGUUGUAUGACAUUUGUGAAAAACUGUUCCAAAAUGCAAAUGUGUAUAUUUGUGCCAGAAAAAAUAAUUACAAAAAAUGAAUG